GGCUCGACAUCGCCUCGUGCUCGGCCGGCAUAUAAAAAGACGCGCCGGGUGAUUUCUCACCUAGUCCACUUGUGAGGUUCGUCAGCUCGCGAUAUCGUGAUAUCCGGCCCAUCUUCAGAUUCAGUGAACAGGAUAGUGAGAGAGGAAGAUCCCAAAUAUGCCCAACUACAAAGUGAUCUACUUCAAUGUUAAGGCUCUGGCCGAGCCACUGCGUUUCCUCCUGGCCUAUGGUGGCAUUGAAUUUGAGGAUUUGCGUGUAUCACGCGAAGAAUGGCCCACCCUCAAGUCCUCCAUGCCGAUGGGUCAGAUGCCCGUGCUAGAAGUGGAUGGACGACGAGUUCACCAGAGCAUUUCGAUGGCACGCUACCUGGCGAAGCAAGUCGGGCUCGUUGGUGCUGACGCGUGGGAGGAUCUGCAAAUUGACAUUGUGGUGGAUACAAUCAAUGACUUCCGCCUCAAAAUUGCUGUUGUAUCUUAUGAGCCUGAUGAUGAUGUGAAGGAGAAGAAGCUGGUCACACUCAACAACGAAGUCAUUCCCUUCUACCUGGAAAAGUUGGAUGCCAUUGCCAGGGAGAACAAGGGACACUUUGCAUUGGGUAAACUCACAUGGGCUGACCUCUACUUUGCCGGCAUCCUCGACUACCUCAACUACAUGACCAAGACCGACCUCACUGAGAAAUAUCCCAACCUCAAGGCUGUCGUGGACAAUGUGUUGGGCAUUGAGAGCAUCAAGGCUUGGGUUGAGAAACGACCUGUUACUGAAGUUUAAACUCUUCAGAUCUCUCAUUCAUACUAAAACAAAAAUCAAUCCCGGCGCAUUUGAUCGCCAAUCACACCUACAUCCCCCUGCACCUCAAACUAUCCCCUAUUUUUACGAAUAACAUCACUCUCUGUAAUUUUUUUUGCCGGAAGGAAAUAAAGGCCUUUCUUUCAGUUUUCGGUGCUAAAAA